AUGCGCUUCAAGGCGUCAAUACAGAACAUCAAUACCUUUACGAAGCUCACGGCGUCGCUCAAUUCGCUCGGCCCGCUCGCGUGGGUGAAGCUCAGCGAGGAGCAAGUAUGCUUCACCAUCAUACCAGAGCAGGGCACUCAAGUAUGGGCUGUCCUCUCUAUUGACUCCAUCUUCGAGACAAUCAGCGUGCAAUCAGCAGCGAACAACGUCAUCAACCUCGAAGUUCCGCUCACGUCGCUGAACCGCGCCCUCAAGUCGGCCCUCAAUGCCACGUCGGCCCAGAUACGCCUCACCAAGAAGGACAACCUGCCCAUGCUUGCCCUCACCAUCGUCACCACGACCUCCUCGAACACGUACAGCGCCUUCCCUGCAGCCACAGCCAACAACGACGAUGGCUUCGACGCUGCCUUUGACAAUGAAUUCGGUGGAGGAAACCGCGAGACCAUUGUCACGCAGGAGAUACCCGUGCGGGUGCUUGCGCCAGACACUGUAGCGCAUCUGCAUGAGCCCGUCUGUAGAGAGCCAGACGUACACAUCAUACUGCCUCCUCUGAUGCAGCUGAAGAGCAUCAGCGACAGGUUCACCAAGCUCGCGCUGGCAGACACCAAGGCCAGUACCGCGACGACGGCAUCAAGGACACGACUAGAGGUUGCCGCCAACAUGCACGGCUGCCUCAGGAUGAGGAUCCGAUCCGACGCCAUGAACAUAUCCUCCAUCUGGACCGAUCUUAGCAAUCCAGAACUCGACCCUGGCCACGUCGCUGGUGGAGAGGAUGGCGUAGCUGAACACCCAAGCACGCGUAUGAAGCAGCUGGGCACGGCUGACGGGCGUAGUGAAGAAGGCUGGGCUACAGUGAGGAUCGAUGGGCGUGACUGGGGCAAGGUCAUGAGUGUGGGUAGGCUGGGGGGACGAGUUAUCGCUUGUAAGUCGUACAAACUUUAA